GGAACGAAUUCGGCGGUAGUGACAGACCCAAUUAUAAAAAAUCAGGUAGGCGAUGCUUUUCGUGCAAAAUACGUAAAAUAUCACAAAAAAAUAGUAUUCACACGAAAACAGAUCUGCUUAUUGUUGUUAGAAAUCCAUCAGUACAAGAAAAGAUGGACAACACUCAUGAAGGUUGGCGAGUCAUGCUGGCGUGUGUGAGGGAGAAUCAACAAAAUACGGACAUUGAGAUCAAUCGCGAAGGGACUACAGUGCGCCAAGCCACUACCCUAUGGCGGGCCCGAAGAAAUUCGGAUCUGCGUUGCUUGCUCUCUCUUGGGAUGCGUACUCUCGCUGAACAGGAAGCACAGGGCCAAGAGCAACCACAGGCCCAGGAGGAACCACAAGGCCAAGAGCAACCACAGGGCCAAGAGCAACCACAGGCCCAGGAGGAACCACAAUGCCAAGAGCAACCACAGGGCCAGGAGGAACCACAAGGCCAAGAGCAACCACAGGGCCAGGAGGAACCACAGGGCCAGGAGGAACCACAGGGCCAGGAGGAACCACAGGGCCAGGAGGAACCACAAGGCCAAGAGCAACAACAGGGCCAGGAGGAACCACAGGGCCAAUAGGAAAAGGAACCUAGAUAAAAACUGCCAUCUUAUCCCUUAUUAAAGCAUUGCUCUUCUUUUUUAUGUAUUUCGAAUGCCAAGAAAAUCGAAUUUGUAUAGGACAUUUCGUUACACAUCUCCCUCAAUUUUACAAUUUAUAAAGAACAUUUUUUUAUAGAAAACCUAUGGAAA